AGUUGUGUACAAGUAGGUUCUGAUAGUAAGGUGUGUUCGUUUUUUCAGUUGACUAUCUUCUAUCUUACAGAGUUUUGCUACGAGUACUAGUUUAGUUUUAUUAUUUGGUAAAAUCUCUUCUCUGUUACACAAUUUAACAAGAAAAACUGUUGACGAAAUUGAAGGAAACGAAAAGUGUUGGAUCGCGUUUUGUGCUUGGGAAGUGGUUUAACCACUAGCUUCAUUCCACUCACUGCAGCGUAUAAUAUAUCUGGUCGUGUUUGGUUUUUUGUGUUGUUUUUUGAGAAAACUAUUUUUGUUUGGGUUCCCCCCGAAAACGAGCUGAAAAAUAACACCGCAUCACGUUGGUUUGCAGAUAGAACUUUAUGUAGCCCAUGUAUAAGAGGCAUUGAAUAUUUAGAUGGAGUGGCCCUUCUAUUUAAAUUAUGUACAUGUUCAGGUUACAGCAAUACUGAAUGUUGUCACUUUAUUAUCGGCUUGCGGCUCGUGUUGACUCAGCCCUUGCGCCAGAAAAGUUCACGUUCCGUGUGUGUUUUGUUUUUCCCUCUGUUUCCGUGUAGCUGUUUCCGUGUAGCUGUUUCAGCUGUGGGAAACCAGGGACGAGGGAUGUCCAAAACUGUGCUCGCAACAUUACACCCGUCGCGCUCUCACAAGUGCACAUGCGUAAACUAGAAACCACCAAACUAAUAACUAACUCAAACCCUUUAACGUUCAAGUGUCGGUGAAUUAAAAGUUUAUCUUCGUUUGAAAAAUUUUAUCUUGCUCAUCACAAUUCGAACACACGCCUCCUUCCUCUUCCUCUGGCGUUAUGUUGACGUUGUCAGACCAUAUGAUGGACGACGGAUCGGAUUUUCUAUUGCCAAUACCAAUAUUCAUUCCGCAAUUGCGGAGCCCCAGUGAUAAUCAGACCGAAUUUCAGCAACAGAAUCAGUUUUCCCCCAACAGAAAUGAAGACUCCAAUCGAAAUCGUUUGGCGACGAGUGAAUUCUAUUUGCAGUUAACAUUCAACGGAAGCAGAGAAGUCAAUCGGCCGUCAUCAAUUCAGUUAUCAUCCCAGUCGAUGGAAGAAGAGGCCAUGAGAUGCCAGCAACAACUAGUCGCCAGCCAACAGACACUGGCCAAACUAGAGGCCGAAGUGGUCCAGCUCGAACGGACUAACGAAGGAUUGCGCUCCGAAAGCGAAGUCCGCGAGUUGAUGGCAUUAGAGCAAGUUAUAAAAUGCCUUGAAGAGGAACUAAUCCAGUGUCGAGCCUCCUCAGUCAAAAGUAACGAAGACCUAGUCAGUAAAACUGCCAUCGCUAAAACUACUCGCACAAAACGUUUCGAAACCGAAUGUGCGUUGAGGGAACUUCAAUUGAGUAUAUGUCGACGGAAACUCGAGUACGCAACAGCCAAAGCUCUCGAUGACGAAGAUGAUGGAAGUUCAUCGGACGAAGAUGCUUCAGCCACCGUCUCAAACCUUCCUGAAGAAGAAGAGCGGAUCUCAUCACUGCAAAAAGAGCUGGAAGAAUUAAGUCAAUUAAAUAAUCGAGCCUUGAUCGAAGCUCAAGAAGCCGAAAGACUGAACGCCAACCGACAAAGUGAGCUUGCACGGACUCAAUUGGACCUGGAACAAAGAAUCUCCAUGGGUAGGAGCGAGUGUGAGGCUCGACGUCAGAACCUUUCUGAGAAACGCCAACAGCUCGAUAGAAAUCUAUCUUAUCUGGUUCAAUUGGGGCAAGAUAUCACACAAGAAAAGCUGGCGGAAAUUGGGCUUCUUCAACAGAUUGCUUUGAUCGAAGCAGCCCAAAAGAUUGAGAACUUGGAGCGCUCGGCUCGAUGUCUCUUGGCCGGAAAUAGUUCACCAUACAACGGAUAAAAGCGACACAGAUUCACCCCAUAUCAUCACGGUCCACAGAGACACAUGCACUAGUCUUAAUUAGCACUCGAAUCGACUGCAGAGAGCUAAAAUGUUUGAAGACUUAUGGCCACAGUUUUCUUGAUGUUAUUUUGCAAUUAUUUUCUUGCGUUAUUGAUAAUCUCACUCAGAUGAUUAAAUGCAGGGUUUUUAAUCACAUAUUUGUCUGAAUUUAUGUGGUGUUUAUUGUACCAUUGCAUGACGACUGUGCACCUCAUUUUGUGGUAUAAAAAUUACGAAGAAUAAGAAUAUACUGAUUAUUAAAUUUGA